AUGCUGUCUAAGGUCCGGCAGGUUCUCGGCGGGGGCCGGGCACCGCCUCGGCUUUUCACAGCCUCUACAAGGUCGACAGGCCGGUGCCGCUUGGUUUGGAGGUUAGCCGCCGCGGUUCUUGCAGACGGCGGUUUCGGCCACGCGCGCGUGCGACGUGCAGACGAGCAAGAGGAGAUGGCGCAGAUGCAACCGACUUCCAUGGCCAUGGCCGUGCCGGUGGCGGUGGCGGCGCCGACGGCGGGUCGCUCGCAGGAGGAGAUGGUCUCGCUCUUCGGCGGCCUCGAUGGCAUCGAGGUCGCGGUGAGAUCCGAUCAGCACGACUCGGAGGGCACGUAUCAAUUCCUCAGCCAGGUCUUCCAGCAGCAGUCGACCUUGAUGAACCCCUUUGGGAUUGCCACGGCAACUCGCGGCUCAUUUUCGAUCAAGAGCACGGCGGAGGGCAAUCCCGAAAUCGCCACGCUCUGCGUCGCCACUGGAGACCGCUUCCGCGGCGACAUGGCCGCGGCGAUCGUCCUGCCGGACAACACCGUGCUCGCGCAGUGGAGCCGCAGCUCGCGGCCGACGAUGAUCUCGUCAGGCGAGACCGACUUGCCGGUGAGCGUCUUCGGCGCGCCCUAUGGCAAGAUGCAGACCAGCAAGUGGGGCAUGGGCCACUCCUACGUUGACGCGAGCGGCAAAGGCGUUCGGCCAAGGUCGCACGGCUGCUUUCAGUGCAAGACGUACUGGUGCAUCGCCUCCUUCUGCCUCUUCUUCCCGACGUGCUCGAUCGCGUCGAUCGCCAUCAUCUGCUGCGUGAUGCCAGGGGUGCCCGGCCUCUAUGACCUCAAGACCACGCCGGACGGCCCUUCUGUCGGCCUGCUCAAGCUCUGGCAGCAAGGGGGCGACAUCAGCGAGAGCUCCAAGAUCAAGCUCGAGAUCACGCCCGGCACGGACGCGCAGACGAGGACCGCUGCUGCGCUGGCGGCGCUCUUUAUGAUCGCCGACAUCUUCAUCGACCCGCCAAAGGGCGGCAACCACGGCGGCGGCGGCGCACCGCAUGCGGCGGAAAUGGAUCGCUGA